UCGAGUGUUGUUGAUAGCUGCUGCUAUUAGAAAACAACACAGCGACGACUGAGCUCGGUGUUUGAGCGGCGGCCGAUUGAAACUAGUGGAAUUAAAUUGCUUCUACAUGUUAUUUACUUAGUUUUGUACGAGUAUAAGCACGGCUUCAACAUGAGCGGUGGCGCAGGGAGUUCUGGUCUCAACAAUCCUCGGAGUGCCCCUAAGGAUGCGCACGUCAUGAUUGCUCUCCUCAGAGAGAUGGGUAUCUCAGACUACGAACCGAGGGUUUUGGAUCACAUGCUAGACUUCACAUACAAAUAUGUCACGAACGUGCUGGAAGAAGCGCGGGCUUACAGUUCUCACUCGAAAAAGCGAAACAUCGACAUCGACGACGUGCGGUUAGCGAUUCAACUCUUGAGUGAGAAGUCGUUCACAAAUCCACCUGCGCGAGACAGCCUUCUGGAGAUCGCUCGAGCGAAAAACUCGCAUCCACUGCCCAUGAUCAAGAGCACCACCGGAGCUCGUCUGCCUCCUGAUCGGUACACUCUGACAUCUACAAACUAUCGUUGCAAAACAAAGCCUAAACCCCCUCCACAAAAGAUCAUCCAAACCGGCGGACAGCAGAAUAUGGAGAAGAGUUUGCGACGAUUGGUAUCCACAGAGCAAGAAGAGCAGAAGAAAAGGAUUUGAGCCCCAUCGAUACAAAGAGCGUUCUGUUGUAUUUUGAGCGGAAGGAUUGACCUCUGUCGAGUUCAUUGACUAAAGCAGUGUGCCCCACACGUUCCUCCUCGAGUCUAACGAUAAGUUUAUCUGUCGAAUUGGCUGCGUGCUCCAUCGAGAAUUCGAGAUUGAGGAACUCUCGCGAGUUCCGAUCGAAUCAGAGUCUCCGACUGAUAAUAAUGGAGGAAUUCCUGGAAUCGUGCGAUUUUCUUAAAAAGCUCCAGCUAUACACU